CGUUUUAUGAUCCUUCCGACCCGAUUAUUACCAUACCCAAUUACCGACGCCCCCGUUGAUCUCGGUGAUCAACGAUCAACCCCAGGGGUAUUGACUCCACCUGGCUCGUUCUUGGAUAACCCACAGCAGAGGUCUCGAUCCCGCGCUCCCAGCGCUGGAUCUCAUCCGCCGGCUUCGGCGUGUCAUGGAUGAUGCGGGAAAGUGAAGCGAAACCUCUUAGCGGAGGCUCGUGCAAGGAAUCGCCGAUUAAUAACGUCGAGAGCAAUGACACAGUCGACAGAAAUGCCGUCCUUGACGACCACGAUGCGGAGAAGAUCCUCCCCUACGAAGCGGACGAUUCGCCUUUCCCGGAGGUGCGAGCUGUCGUUCGGCCUGUAGACGACGUAGAAUUGCCUCUCAAUACGAUCCGAAUGUGGAUAAUUGGCAUUCUUUUCACAAUUGUUGGCAGUGGAUUAAAUCAGUUUUUUAGUCUACGGCAACCUAGUGUCAGAAUUAGUGCGCUGGUCGCUCAACUGGUAGCAUAUCCAAUCGGCUGUGCGUGGGCAAAAUGGAUGCCGUUGGGCUGGCUCAAUCCAGACCGCCGCUUCAACAUCAAAGAGCAUGCCCUGAUCACGAUAAUGGCCAAUGUCUCCUUCGGAUCAGCUGCGGCCACUCAGGUCAUUGAGGCAAUGGUCAAAUUCUACCAUAUGCCGUCGCAAGGCGGCUUUCAAAUACUCCUUUGCAUCACGACUCAACUAUUCGGGUUCGGCGUCGCUGGGAUGGUUUCACGCUGGCUCGUGGAACCAGCGACUAUGAUCUGGCCGCAGGUCCUGUCAAAUGCAGCCCUUCUUUCUACCUUACACUCGAAAUCCAACAAGGUCGCCGACGGAUGGACAAUCACGAGGCAGAAGUUCUUCCUCCUUGUCUUCGUUGGCGGCGCCCUUUGGUAUUUUCUUCCGGGGUAUUUGUUUACCGCUCUUAGUAUGUUCAGCUUCGUGUGCUGGAUAGCACCAACAAAUGUCGUGGUCAAUCAGCUUUUCGGGCAGAAAACCGGAUUGGGAAUGUCGCUUUUGACCUUGGAUUGGUCUCAAGUUGUCUUCGCCAACGACAGCCCUCUCCUAGUCCCUUUCUGGGCAGGUUUAAACGUUAUGGGAUCGUUUGUCCUUUUCUUCUGGAUUCUGGUUCCUAUCAUCUAUUAUACGAACACAUGGUAUUCCGCUUACCUGCCGCUUCUGGACUCCAACACCUUCGAUAACACUGGUCGCAUGUACGAUACGCGCCGUGUAAUGAACAUUAACAAUGGCACAGUCAACGUGGAGGCUUACCGAAACUACUCUCCGAUGUUCAUACCCGCCGGGUUUGCCGUCACAUAUGGCGUGGCAUUUGCCAAUCUCACCGGGAUAUUCGUUCACACAGCACUAUACCAUGGAAAGGACCUACUUCAGCAAUGGAGUGGUCGACACAAAAAAGAUAUCCAUUCUCGACUUAUGCAAUCAUAUACCCCAGUACCCUGGUGGUGGUUUGGUGCAGUAAGCCUUCUGAUGUUCAUACUCAGUAUUGUGAACAAUGAGGUAUGGGAAACGCGCCUGCCGGCCUGGGGCGUCCUUCUUGCCUUCGUGUUGCCGAUAAUAUAUUUCAUCCCCGUGGGCAUUAUUAAAGCCUUGACGAACAUUACGAGUAACCAACUGAAUCUAAUCACUGAAUUUAUCGGUGGGUAUGCCUUUCUCGGGAAGCCUGUCGCCAACAUGGCCUUCAAGUUCUACGGGUAUGUGACGGUCUCGCAGGGACUAGAAUUUGUCGCAGACAUGAAACUGGCGCACUACCUCCACAUUGCACCGCGCACCCUCUUUUUCGCGCAGGGUCUCGCUACACUCAUUGGCGCAAUUGUGCAAUGCGGUGUCACGGUAUUCAUGCUCACCCGUUUCGAAGGCAUCUGCACCCCGCAUGCGGACGGCGGCUUCACCUGUCCGCACGGUUUAGUCACAUUUUCCUCAUCUCUGAUCUGGGGUGCCUUGGGCCCCGCCCGCAACUUCAGCCCAGGUCAAAUCUACGGGAAUCUCCUCUGGUUCUUCCUCGCCGGUCCUGUGGUUGUCAUUAUCACGUACCUUCUUGGGCGCCGCUGGAAGGCAGCAAACUACAUAUCUUGGCCCGUCGCAUUCGGCGCAAUGAGCAUGGUCCCGCCUGCGACAGGGAUCAACUUUUCGUCAUGGUGGGUUGUCAAUGUUAUCUUCAACGGUCUUGUCAAGCGCAAACGGCCAGCUUGGUGGUCGAAGUAUAACUAUGUCCUCAGCGCAGCCUUAGAUUCAGGCGUCGCUGUUUCCACCGUCGUUAUCUUUUUUUGCAUCAUGCUACCUGCUGGGCCGCUGAGGUGGUGGGGGAACGAAGUCUUCAUGAGAACGGCCGAUGGUCGUGGCACGCCGUGGAAGACUGUUCCACCCCAUGAACGGUUCGGGCCUACGACCUGGGAAUAA